GAAAAAUAUCAUUAUAACUGUUGAUAGUAUACGAAAUGUUACUCAAGAUAAUGAUUCAUUCAUAAAUGAAAUUAUUUUUAAUGAAAACGAACAAGAAAAUCAUCUUGAUGACUAUGAGAAUAAUAAUAAUGUUAGUGAUGAUCAAGAAACUUAUUUUUAUAAAUCAGAUGAAUGUUAUGAUAAUGAUAAUUGA